UUCCUCACCAUGGGAUGCCCGGAUGUCUUUGCGUCAUAGCUAUGGCUGCUGCUGGUGGAGCUACGGUGUUCGUAAUGUACUAUGACGGUGCCCCUCUAGAUGAAAUGUCGCGCGAAAGAGACAUUGUGUUAGAAUUCACUAACUGGCUUGUCUCCAAUGGAGUUCAGGCGGACGUGUUCCUCCAUCAUCUCACGAAGCCUCCAGAAAACUGGAUUGUUUGGCUGCGGGAACAGGCCUCAUCUGCAGAAUUUGUAGUAGCCAUUGUUUCAGAAGCACUACUGCACAAACCUAAACAGCAAGAUUCCAUUGGUGACACCAUGUACAACAUCAUCAUGGCGCUUGACCGAUCACUGCUUAUUCCCGUUUUCUUGAAUGAAGAAAUUAUCGACUCUCGCAUUCCUAGCGCUUUUCGAGGACUGCCGAAGUACAGCGUGUAUACACGUUUUAGUGAAGAAUUGGGUGCUCUUGAAUGGUUACUGGAUGAUCAUGAGUAUUCAUCGGCAAAAGUUUUGUAUGGUCGAUUGACAAAACAAACUGACUUGUUUCGAGGUCCAAAACAAGUGGGAAACGUGAAAGGCUUGUUCCAACCCUUUUCAUGUGCAUUUCUCGGGACAUCUGGUAUUGUCACUGACGCUUGUCCACGGACACAUCCAGUCAUUGCAUCAACAUCAACAUUGAAUUCAACAGAAGCAAGAGAAACUCAUUCUGCAGAGAAUACUACAGUAGCCGAAAGCCCUUUUCCUGACCACUUAGGUGUUCCUUUCAUAGGAAGGGAGAGAGACAUUGCAUCAAUAAAACAAAAUUUGUUACCGGAAUCAGGUGUUUCUGUUGUGGGUCUGUUUGGUUGUACUGGAUCAGGCAAGUCACGAACUGCUCAGGAAGCUGCUAGUCAGUUCCAAAUGGAGCAUCCAUGUACAAAAGUUUGUCUAAUUGACAUACAGCAAUGUUUGGAAGAAGCAUCAUGGGCCCAACAUUUUUUUGAGAAGUUAACUGGUUACCCACCUAAGUCUACUGCAAAUUCUGCUGAUAAUUUUAGGCAGUGGAUAAAAAUGAACGACAACAACUAUGUGCUCAUUGUUGAUAACUGUGAGUCUGUUGUGAAUGAGUUGGCUACAUUCAAAGAAUUCAUAGCUACCAUAGUUCUGAAUAGUAGGGGCAGGAUCAAAUGCAUUUUGACAUCACAGAGACGGUUUCGAAUUCGAAAGCAAGGAAUAGUCAUGCGUAUAUUGCCAUGGGAAACACUGCAGCCUAGUGAUGCAAGCAAGUUGUUCUUUCAAAUUGCUGGUAACGUCUGCACAGAAGAAGAAGCUCAACAUGUUUGUAAUAUUUGUGGCAACAUUCCUCUUACUGUAAAUGCUGCUGCUUCAUUAGUAGGAUCACACAGAAUUCGCUGCGUUGAUCUCAUCAAAAAGCUUCAAAAUGAGGAAGAGAAGCUCGCUAGUGUACUGGAGUUUGAUGAUGGAGAUGUGUCCUUGAUGCAGAUUUUGAAGAUGUCAUUUGAGCGAUGGUCUCUGCAUGAGCAGAAGCAGUUUGUGAAACUGUCUGUAUUUUCUGGUAGCUUUAGCAAAGAGCUAGCUGAUGCUGUUCUUGGUCAGGAUUCAUCAGAGACCAUUUGGGGUUUGCCUUGUAUCCAGGCAAAACCACAGAGCAAUUGGUAUGAGCUUCAUCGGGUUUUUCGUGAAUUUGGUCACAGCUUGGCCUCAGAUCCACAAACGGCUUCCGUUUUUCAUCCUGUAUUUCAAGAAGCAAGUAUGUCUUUGCUAGGUGCAUGUGCAGAGUUAGUCAAGAAUUUAAGUGAACAGUUUGCAAAGGACGCAUCAACGGUUAAAGAAGAAUUUUCAGCAACAAGCCACAUUAUUAAGCAGUUUGUUAGAGAAGCUACCAACUGCAUUUCAACAGGUUUUCAACAUCAAUAUAUCUCUGCAGCUCUUUAUUGCCCUUUUUUGUUUGACAUCUUUAUUAACACUGAAGAACGACUAGCCUUCUAUAAGUCUUGUGUAAAGGCAGCUUCCAGUGUUUAUAGUGAAGUAGAUGAGUGCCAGGUGCGGUUUUGGUUGGUGCAUGAUCUGAUAAGUGAAGGCAGCUUGUGUGAAGCCCAGAGUUGUCUUGAUGUUGCGAAGAAGAUUUUUGAUUGUUUGAGUUGUGAACAGAAAAAAAACCUAGAGGGCCUCUAUUAUUACACAUUGUGUCUGCAGGCAAAUAGAGGAGAUCGCAGUAAUGUCAGCAUUGGUAAUUCAUGCUACUUGCAAGCUGUUUCAGCUUUUGUAAAGCGGGACCCAGUGGAAUUACACCCUAAUGUAAUUCUGCCUGGAUUCAUUUGUGGCAGUUUGGGUAUUAGGACUUUGGUAGAAUGCAGUUCAGUAUAUAGUCGGGGAGAAGAUCCUACUACAAGAAGCAAGUCAGUGCAAUUUGCUCGUAUUGGUCAUCGCCUUUGCUGCACAUUAAAGAAGCCCCGUAAUCAUCCUGAUUAUUUGCUGAGUCAAAACAGUUUUGCUAUAGCACAGAUGGCUUGCUGUAACUAUGGAGAUGCAGAGAAAACGUUCAUGGACAUAUUGAAGGCUCAGGAGGAACUGACUGACAACCACAGAGACUUUGCUAUUUUAUGUGCAAAUGUGGGUCAAUGUCAAGCUUUCCGGGGAAACUACUUAGAUGCUGGAAAAAACUUUGAAAAAUCGUAUAACAUGUUAAAGGAACUAAAUGGUGAUGAACACAAAGAGACACUGAGAUCAAGAUUUGAACUUGCAGUCAACUGUCAGAAUAACCACGAGAUUGAAACUGCUCUUGAACAUUUCUGUGGCAUACAAGACACCGUGAGAAGUAUGGAUGAGACGAACAGGCCGGCACUUGAUUUUGACUUAACUGUAGUGGAAAAACAAAUAGAUGUUUUGCAAGGUCAAGAUCAGCCAGGUAGUAAGGACUGGCUAUCACUUUUUAAUGGGGAUUUAUAGUCUAAACUCUAAACUUUGUAAGUUUUAGCUGGCCAUUAUUAUUUGCUAUAGUUAUUGGUACUGAUUUUUGGGUAUGUAAAUGUUUGUACACACUCUGUCACUAGUACAUACACAGCAUGUAUACUUUCAUUGGUGGUUAAGAUAUUUCAAUAUCUUUGGUUUGCACGUUUUAGUGCGUUCUUUUCAAAGGUGAUGCUUGAGUUUUGGUAGAAUAGGGAGCACCUGCCCUUGGACUUCUGACCGGAUUUCACUGUAACUUCUAAGCGACACAAAGACUGCCAAGCCUAGGAACUUAGGCAACUGCAAGUUAUACUGAGAUUGAAGCUACAUACUGUAGGCUCUCUACACAGUGGAGAGAUCAGACUUGUAUGUGAACAGUAGUUGCAGUGACACAGAAACUAGUUCAUUUAAACAACUCAGUAAAUAUUUUAUUAUUGUGGUUUAGUGAAAUGUUGUUUAUUGAUUGAUUCGGUAUUCCGAGGCUCUUUCUGUGUAGAGCGAUAUCAUGAGGAACUACAACGACGGAAGUACAAAAGCUGAUGAAGGUAGCGACGGUGAUACUAUACUAGUAAGCUUGAUUAAGUGCAUGGUCGUCUCUUGUUCUUGAUCAUACAUGGAACCCAUCCGACUGCUCGUCUACUAUCUCUAUAAAAAAUGAUAACUCUGUAACUCUCUACAGAAAUCCUGUUGCUCAGAUAACUGACAGUGCUCGAGGCAAGGUUGGAUUCACUAAAGGCUUACAUGUAUGGGAGCUGACAUGGCACAAACUAUGGGGUCUUGUGCAGUCGCCGGUGUGGCUACAAAAGAUGCUCCUCUCCACUGCUCAGGAUGAAUGAACGUAGUUGGGGAUUGGAUAUCAAUGCCUUUUAGUUACAAGACAUGAUGAUGAAGAUCUGAUCAAAUUUCCAAGAACAUUUAAAGAUUCUGACUACAGGUUACCCAUUACAUUUCGUGUGUAUAUUGGAUAUGGACAAGGGAACACUUGGCUAUGAAGCUGAAGGCCGUUAUUUGGGAACAGCAUUUGGAGGACUAAAAGGGCUGUGUCUAUAUCCCUCAGUGUCUGCUGUGUAUGGGUCGCACGGAAGUAGAACUUGUAUACUGGGGAGAGUUCCAAAGUAUGUGAGCACUAAUAAUGUCUUUAUGGAUUUGAUUUGUGGUACUGGUGGGGUAUAGGGCAACCACCUGAGUUAAAAGAUUUAUGCACACGGACAGCAAGAAAGGCACUUAGUAGAAUCUGACUACAUCAAGUGAGUGAGUUGCCUCUGCCUCGAUCGUUAAUUAGAUACAUUGAAUCAGCUACUCCAGUUUAUUAAUUAACUUAACCUCGAGGCCCAAGUUGACAAUGGACUCUCUGUUGGCCAUACCUACUUGUACUUUUAUAUUGCUUACAUCAAAUGUUUUAUUGAUUCUGUAUUUGAGGUAUUUUGUAGUCAAAUUACAUUUUGUUUGUUAUGAGCA